AUGUACAAGCUUGUUACCCUUGUCACUGCUAUUGCAGCCAGUGUUUCUGCACACGGCGACCACAGUCAAGAGGCUUUCAAGGAGGGCCCCCACAAGUCCUUAUGGUACAACGCCCUUCCUGGCGAUGGUGGAACUCAGGCCGACUCGGUCUUCUCAGGAAUCUCGACGUUCGGUCGUAUCGAGUACCAUCCUUGCUUGGCUAGUGACGCUCGCAAGUAUGACAUUGCCUUCAUCGGUGCUCCCUUUGAUACCGGUACAAGUUACCGUCCUGGUGCCAGAUUCGGCCCCAGCGGUAUCCGUCAGGGUUCGAGACGUCUCAACCUCUACGGAGGCUUCAAUGUCCCUCUCCAGACUAAUCCUUUCAAUGGAUGGGCCACUGUCAUUGACUGUGGCGACAUUCCCGUCACGAGCUACGACAAUGAGUAUGCUUUGNNGAAGCAAAUUGAAGAGGGCCAUAACAGCAUUUUGAUGCGCGAGCCUGCCGCGAACGCACACAUGACCGGCCCUUCCAAGCAUGGAAAGACGUUGCCGCGUGUCAUCACUCUUGGUGGCGAUCACACUAUCACUCUGCCUCUUCUGCGCUCCAUGAACAAGGCAUACGGGCCCAUCACCGUUAUCCAUUUCGACUCCCAUCUGGACACCUGGAGGCCGAAGGUCUUCGGAGGAGCACCCUCUAAAGUUGCAUCGAUCAACCACGGCACAUAUUUCUACCAUGCUGCGAGCGAAGGACUUCUGCGCAACGACACCAACAUCCAUGCAGGCAUUCGCACCACUCUAUCCGGCAUGUCCGAUUACGACAAUGACGGGUACUGUGGAUUCGAGAUCGUCGAGGCUCGUGAGAUUGACACAAUUGGCAUUGAUGGUAUCAUCAAGAAGAUCCAUGACAGGGUCGGACACAAGAACCCCGUUUACCUCUCGAUCGAUAUCGACACGCUUGAUCCUGCGUUCGCCCCUGCGACUGGUACCCCCGAGACUGGUGGUUGGACCACUCGCGAGCUCCGCACUAUCAUCCGUGGCCUCGAGGGCAUACAUUUGGUGGCAGCAGACGUCGUUGAGGUUGCCCCUGCCUACGACACCAACGCCGAGUUGACCACCAUGGCCGCUGCUGAUGUUUUGUACGAAGUGAUGGUAUGUGAAGAGAAGCCUGAUAUAUGUCUCGAAAUGAUGCUGAUCCGAGUUUGUUUANNGUCUCUCAUGGUCAAGGACGGACCCCUUUCCGAUAUGUCGAUUGACAGCAAGAAGGAGCUCAAGUAG